AUGACAGUGGCCGAACUGAGGAAGCCUAUGGAGCCGAAGCCUUACACGAGACCGGCUGGAUCAAACGUGAUAAGUACUCAGGUGACAAUAGAGCCUAAGCCAGUGCCCAAGAAGCCGCAAGAGGUGAAACCUGAAGAGCAGCAGAUGGCCGCUCCUCCAGAAGAACCGAGACUCUACUACACAAACCCACUGUUCCGUCCGAGCAAUGCCAACAGUGUUUGGCUCUCGCAGAUCACGACUACUCGUGGCAGAGAGAGCUGGGAAUCGGCAGCC